UUGGUUGGUGAUUGUUUUUCUCGGUACAAACUGGCAUCACCGCGGAUUAAACCUCUCCCAGUUCCCCCAGUAUGAUCCCUGUGUCUCCAACUGGGACAGGUGGAAACCUGCACUGUCAGUGUUACAGAGGGGGCGUGGCUGUCUCUAAACGGGGCGUGGCUCCAGUGGCGGAGCGCGGGUCUCAGUACAGAGGGGGCGGAGCCUGAGUCAGAUUCAGACCAUGUGGAGGGAAACGUUGCUGCUGCUGCUGCUUCACGGCCUGGAAGGUAAAAACACUCAACGCUGCAGAUCCUUGGAACUCCUGGAAUAAUAGUUCAUGACUCAGCAGAUCCUUGGAACUCCUGGAAUAAUAGUUCAUGACUCAGCUGCUCCGGUUGUCUUGAGCACCUUUUUUAUUUUGAAACAUCUCCUUCAACCUUUUAUGUUCCUCUUCAAAUACAAUCUGAUUGAGAAACACCUGCAAGGGUUUCCUGAGCCUUGAAAAACCCUCAGCUUGGUUCAGUAAACUAAAUCACCAGUAUGGGGAAGACUGCUGACCUGACUGCUGCCCAGAGGACCAUGAUUGACACCCUCCAUCAGGAGGGGAAGACACAAAAAGAAAUCUCUCAAAAAGCACGCUGUUCACAGAGUGCAGUUUCAAAGCACCUCCGCAAAAAGUCUGCUGGACGGGGGAAAUGUGGCAGGAAACGCUGCACAACCAAGAGAGACGACCGCAGCCUUAACAGCAUCGUGAAGAAGAGUGGCCUCCAGAAUCUGGGAGAGCUUCAAAGACAGUGGACUGAAGCCGGAGUCCAGGUAUCAAAGGCCACCGUUCACAGACGUGUCCGGGAAAUGGGACACAAGAGCCGUAUUCCCGCGGUCAAGCCACUUCUGAACUCAAGACAACGGAAGAAGCGUCUGACUUGGGCUGUGGUUUACCUGCAACCUGCUGCACCCGGUGAGGGGGUUGCCGUUGGUCAGACACUUCACCCAGUCGGAGAACUCGGCGGUGAGAGUCCGGCUCCUCUGGGACACGCUGGCCCCCAACACGGACCAGUGGCCCCCCCUCUACAUCCUGUGGAGGAUCCACAGUUGCAUCCAGAGGCGGAGCUACAGCUGGCGGAGGCACAACCACCCGUUCCUCCCGAGACUCCCGCUCCUGCCGAGACUCUCGUUACACCCGAGACUCUCGUUACACCCGAGACUCUCGUUACACCCGAGACUCUCGUUACACCCGAGACUCUCGUUACACCCGAGACUCCCGUGACUCCUGUUACACCUGUGACUUCCGGAGCCUCCCCAGAGGAGUCUGUACCGGGAGUUCCUGUUCCUGACGCUGGCCAAGCAGCCGGGGAACCCGCGGACCCAGAGGAGUCUGUACCGGGAGUUCCUGUUCCUGGCGCUGGCGGCGAUGGGCAAGGACCACCUAGCUGCGUUUGAUAAGAAGUACAAGGCGGCGUGUUCUCGUCUGGGCGGGACCCUGGGGAAGGAGGAGCUACGGCGGCGGCGCGCUAACCCCCCCAGCGUCAAGGCCGUGGACUGCAGACGCAGAUUCCACCCGUCGCUGGAGU